AUGAAAGUAAGAGAAAUUAUUUCCCACCUGUUUUCAAGAAUUCAAAGAACUGUAAUCGAAUUGACAGAAAAAAUAUGGUCAUUAACAGGAGCCUUCACGCUACUUCAGAGUAUUCUUCCCAAGGAGGUUACAUCAAUCUUGACCAAAUUCUUCUUAUACAGAGUUGGAUCAUAUUUCAAUCUCUACAGUGAGAUGAAGAUUGAGGAACUCAGUAAAUCAAAUGAAUAUUGUUUAAACUCUUUGUAUUUGAUGGCAGAAGAAUAUGUGGGAAACCUAGACAGCAUCACCGGGGCUCGAAGAUUAUGCUUGAGUGACAUUUCAUUUAGCAACUCAGAUAGUGUGAGGAUAAGCCCAGAGGAUGGUGAAGUAAUUUGGGACUGCUUUCAGGGAGUCACUGUAUGGUGGACCAUGUCCAAGACCAAAACCUUUUUUAGGGAGCGCAAUCCGGUCGAGUCUCAAAUUCUCACGGUUAGAGCCAAGAAUCCAAGCAGAGAUUUUUUUCAUGCUUAUUUUUCACACAUUGAAAGAAGUUCAACCAACUAUAAGAAAACAGAUAAUGAUCUUAUAAUCUCACAGAAUAACAAGCAAUGGUGGUCGUCGAUUCGUUUCACUCAUCCUUCCACAUUUGAAACCCUCGCCCUCGACCCAAAAAUUAAACAAAUCAUUCUCUCAGAUCUUAACCGCUUUAAAUCAAAUAAAGAAUUUUAUCAACGCAUUGGGCGUUCAUGGAAACGGGGGUAUGUCCUUUAUGGGCCUCCUGGAACGGGAAAAACGAGCCUUGUUGCAGCAAUUGCUAAGUAUAUGAAAUAUGAUAUUUUCGAGCUUAAGCUCUCCAAGGUGAAAGACAAUAGUGAGCUCCGUCAGCUUUUAGGGAAAACGUGGAACCACUCCGUUAUUGUUAUUGAGGAUAUCGAUUGGUGUCCUAAUUUAACUCAGAGGGGUGGUAAAAUGGAGAGGUACAGUGAGAAUAAUGUUUCGCUUUCUGGUUUGCUCAAUGCAUUAGAUGGACUUCAGUCUUGUGUCGCAGAGGAGCGUAUUUUUAUCUUGACUACAAAUAAUAAGGAUAUGCUGGAUUCUGCGCUUCUGAGACCUGGUAGGAUGGAUUUGCACAUACUUUUAUCGUUCUGCACUUUUCCUGCGUUUAAAACUCUUGCGAAAAAUUAUUUGAAGGUUGAGAAUCAUGAGUUGUUUUCUUCUGUGAAAGAGAGAAUUGAAUCUGGGGCUGAAAUGACUCCUGCGGAAAUCAUUCAACUUAUGGCUAAUAAAGAAAAAGAUCCUCAUGAAGCACUGGGUGCUGUUAUUUGUGCCCUUGAUGCAAGGUUAAACAAGAAGGAAAAAACUCUGUUGGGAAAAACAUCAACUUUGUGA